AUGGUAUUCGUACUUGUUUCAGGAGAAGCGAACCCUACCAUGGGUCAAGGUCCGUCCGUGAGCGAUGAGAAUAGCAGGAUCGAGUAUGCAGUGGGAUCUAGGAAAGGAUCGAACCCAGACAUGGAAGAUGCACAUUCAACUAUCCUUGAUCUAGAUGAUUCCAGUUCCACAUCAUUCUUUGGUGUUUAUGAUGGACAUGGAGGAGCUAAUGUAGCAUUGUAUUGUGCGAAAAGACUUCAUAAUGAGCUUGUAAAUGAUGAGGAUUAUCUGACCGAUCUGGAAGAAGCAAUGGGGCGUGCGUUUUCUAGCAUGGAUGAGCAGAUGCAAGCAAAUGAUGAAUGGAGAGCAUUGGCGAACCCACCUCAUGUCGGUCUGAAAUUGCUCGAUUGUAUGAAGACUGCUCCUUGUGUUAAGGGAACCCCAUACCUGGAAGGAACCACAGCUUGUGUCGUUCUCAUAAAAGGAGAUCAAAUCAUCGUUGGAAACGUUGGUAACACUAGCUGUGUGCUCUCAAGGGGCCAGGAGGCAAUUGUUUUGUCCACUGACCACACGCCAGGUAAUGUUGAUGAGCGUGUGAGAAUUCUAAACUCUGACGGUGCAGUAGUCCGUGUAAGGGACACUUAUCUUAUUGACGGGAUAUUCCCCUUGUCUAGAUCUAUAGGUGAUUUUCGUUUCAAGUCGAAUGAAUGUUUGCUCCGUACACAACAGAUUGUGACAUGUACCCCAAGUAUCCGCACUGAGGAAAUAACUGAUGAUACAAAGUACCUUCUGAUAGCCAGUAGUGCUUUCUGGGACACCAUCUCAUGUCAGAGUGCCGUUAACUAUUUGAGGCAGUAUUCCGGGUCCUACAGUCUUGCUAGCAUCUGUGACAAGCUUCUGAAUCAAAUUAAAAAUCCAGUGGACAACCUGACACUGAUGCUGAUCUACUUUAAGCCCAGCGCCAGGCUCCCUCCUACUGCCCCGCCUGCACCAAUGGUUUACUAA